CGGAAUACCGGACGAAGACAUUUGAAGAUACAAUCACAUGGCUGGGAACCAAGUCGAGGCCGUGGCUGAUGAUCAUGGACAACGUCGAUGAUCCAGCGAUGGACCUAUUUCCAUUGAUUCCUAAAUCAAGAUAUGGGCACCUCAUCAUUACGAGUCGUGACUCUACUCGCCUAGGCUUAGCCGGACAGUCCAAUCGACAUCCCAUCCACGAACUCGAGCAGGAAGCAGCUAUCGAGCUGUUACUCCACCUGUCGUCGUGCUCAGCAAGCGACUCUAAUAUACAGCUAGCCUCGAAUAUUGCGGCCGAAUUGGGCUACCUUCCGUUGGCACUCGUCCAUGCAGGGGCAUACAUCUCGAUUCAUGGAAGUAUGUCAUCCUAUCUGGAAACCCACCGAAAAUGUCGGAAGGAGAUGUUGGAGCAUCUACCUCCGAGUCUACCAUCAGACUACAACUUUGCAGUAGCCACUACAAUCGAGAUGUCAUUCGGGAAGCUGCCUCAGCAGAGUCGAGAUAUUCUACAUCUCCUGUCUCAAUUCCAGAUCGGUUCUAUCGCAGAAUCAAUCAUCGUGAAAGCAGGAGAGAGAGAGUUUAUUCAUCAGGCAUGGCCUUCGCCUAUCGAUCCUAUCGGAGAAAUACAGCAAUGCGCCGAUGCCUUGAUGAAGAUAUUUUGCCCGAAUGGUCGAUGGUCUCGACAUGACUUCGAUCAAAUCAUUUGCUCAUGUCUGCAAUCGUCGUUGUUACAGACAGGGGAGAGUGAGAGGAUGGGCAGACACUUUUCAAUGCAUCCUCUUGUCCGGUCAUGGAUACGAAUUCAUAAUGAAAACGAUGUGGAGCCAUCAAUACAUGACGUUUUCAUUAGAUUAAUUUCUUCAAGUAUCAUGAUUGGCAAAGAAUAUGAGUAUUUGGAGUUUAACCAGACGUUGCGACCACAUCUUCAGUCGAUAGAUGAGAAGGAUGUGCGAUAUAUUGGAGACAAGCACGCAUUUGAGAGGGUGUUGUAUGAAAAUGGGGACUAUUCACUUGGGUUAGGUCAUGUCGAGAGCUGUCUUGACCAAGAGACAGAGACAUUGGGCGAGAGGGAUAUAAGUACUGUUCAAUCGAUACAUAGAGUGUCUAUCUACUACUCCAAAGUAGGAAAAUACACCAAAGCUCUAGAGAUUGGAUUGAAAGUGAUGGAACUGCGCCAGAUGAUCCUGGGGAGCGAACAUCCAGAAACCCUCAGGUCAAUGCAUAAUCUGUCCAUCUGGUACUCUGAAGUUGGAAGGUAUGGCGAGGCUCUGGAGAUGGGAUUGAAGGUGAUGGAACUGCGCCAGAAGAUCCUGGGGAGCGAACAUCCAGACACCCUCAUGUCAAUGGAUAAUCUAUCCAUCCGCUACUCUGAAGUUGGAAGGUACAGCGAGGCUCUGGAGAUGGGAUUGAAGGCGAUGGAACUGUACCAGAAGAUCCUGGGGAGCAAACAUCCAGACACCCUCCG